AUGGCACAGGAAGAGCUCCUGCAGGUGCUGCUGGUAGACGAGGGACUUGAGAGCGGUGCAAAGAGGUUGCCGAGUGUUACUUGCACUGUGGGGAUGUCAGGAGAUCAACCUGGUGAAUCAUCUGAGUAUCCACCUGCUGGACCAGCCGUGAAACAACCUGGAGAUUCACCUGGAGAUCCACCUGAAAAUCCAACGGCUGGAACAGGGGUUGCCCUUGGUGUGGGCGGGAAUGACGUGGCUUUGAAGACGGCCGUGAAGGGUGCUGCUGUGGCGCGAAAGAAAGGGAGGCAGGAGGGAGGCAAGCAGCAGAAGAAGAGGAAAACGACACAGAAGAAGGCUCAGCUUGUGGCAUCUGUGCAGGGUGGGCAGGUGGAAGCUGUUGGUGUGAAGGCAGCGCUUCUUGAAACCACGAGCACCCCAGUUGCAGAAGCAUGCAGAAUGUCAAGAAACUCUGGUGAUUCUAGUGAUACUGGGGUUGCACUUGCUGUGGGCGGGAGUGAGCCAGUUUUGAAGACGGCAGUGGUGGGUGCUGCUGUGGAUCCAAUGGGGAGGGAGGAGGGAGACAGGCAGCAGAAGAAGAGGAAGAAGACACAGAAGAAGGCUGAGCUGGUUUCAUCAAUGGAGGGUGGGCAGCUGGAUGGAGCUCCUGUGAAAGCGGGCCCCCAGGCCAAGAAAGCAAGGAAGCAGAAGCUUCCACAUGGCUCCAAGCCCUCUGGCCCAGGCAACAAUCAGGUUCAACCUUCAAGUGCUGCAAGUGCUGCUCCAGAACCAGCACCAGCAGUUUCAGACUCGGCUGGUAAUUCCAGUGCAGGCCUGACUUGCUUCUCAACCCCCUCUCCUGCAGCUGCUUCUGCAAACUCGAAAGGGAGCGGACCUAAAUUGGAGUCUAAAAGACGAGCGGAAGAUAAUCUUUGUGGUGAAGUGCGGUACAUUGGAGUACGAAGAAGAGGACUGGGCAAUCGAUGGGUGGCAGAGAUAAAGGACAACAUCCAUGGAGUGAGGAGGUGGCUUGGGACGUUUGGCACACCUGAAGAGGCAGCCCGAGAGUAUGAUAAGGCAGCAAGGGAAAUCAGAGGCCAAAACACCCGCCGCACGAACUUCCCCUUUCAUAACCUUAGGCCUGUCGUUGCGGAGAAAGGAUCUACGAGCGAUUUGGUCAGCACGGCAGUGAAGAUAGGCAACGAUGGACUUGACGCAGCGACGAAACUCGUCCCUGCCAGCAUCCCUCGGCCAGUAGCAAAAGGCGGCGUCGCGCUUCUUUCGCUCGCCAUCCUCUUGUCACUCGUUCAGACCAUCUUUAACACUUUCGUCAGCCUCCUUUUCCUCGGAGGACUAGGAUACUUAGCGUUCCAGUACCUAUCCAAGGAUGGCAAGAAUUCUUCUGGGGCUUCAGCCAUGGACGCGCAGAAGAUAGCAGAGCUAAAGGCCUUCGUGCAGCUCUGCCAGAAAACUCCAGCUAUUCUCGCUGACCCGAAGCUUGAGUUCUUUCGUGAUUAUCUCGAAAGUCUGAACGCGGAGGUGCCAGGGGAGGCUUACGGCCUGAAGACGGGCGCCGCACCCAAGGCAGAGGAGAAGGUGGAAGAACCAAGCACGAUGGAAUCCGAGGCGAGCAAAGUGGAGGAACCAGAGGAAGAAGAGGAAGAGGAGGAGCCUGAAAUUGUGGAAUCUGAUGUGGAGAUAGACGAGGAGGGCGUGGUGGAGGGGGACAACGACCCCCCGCAGCAGAUGGGCGACGCCAGCAAGGAGGUGGGCGAGGAGCAGCGGGACGCCGCUCAGGCCGCCAAGGCCCAGGCCAUGGAGGCCCUGGCUGAAGACAACCUAGAGGCGGCUGUGGCGCAUCUCACAGAGGCCAUUCUAAACAACCCCACCUCCGCGCUGCUCUAUGGCAACCGAGCUGGGGUAUUUGUGCGCAUGAAGAAGCCCAACGCUGCCAUUCGAGACUGCGAUGAGGCUCUCAAGCUCAACCCUGAUUCCGCCCGUGCCUACAAGUCCCGUGGAGAGGCCAAGGCCCUGCUCGGGCAGUGGGAGGCAGCAGCCGCCGACUUGCGCCUAGCAUCCCGGCUGGACUACGAUGAGGAGGUGAACUCGUUUCUGAAGCUGGUAGAGCCCAAGGCACACCGCCUGGAGGAGCACCGGAGGAAGUACGAGCGGCUGCGGAAGGAGAGGGAGGAGCGCGUGGCGGCCAAGGAGAGGCAGCGGAGGAGGAAGGCGGCGCAGAAGGCGUAUGAGGAGGAGAAGAGGCGCGAGGAGGAGAGGAAAAACGCGGCUAGAGGGGCUGGGGGUGGUGGGGGUUUCCCAGGGGGAAUGGGGGGUAUGCCCGGGGGGUUCCCAGGGGGGAUGCCGGCUGGGAUGGGGGGCAUGGGAGGGAUGGGAGGGAUGGGGGGGAUGCCUGGGAUGGGCGGCGGUGCGGGCGGCAUGCCGGACAUGAGUCAGAUGCUCAAUGUGAGUCAGAUGCUCAAUGUGAGUCAGAUGCUCAAUGUGAGUCAGAUGCUGAAUGUGAGUCAGAUGCUGAAUGUGAGUCGAAAUGCUGAAUGUGAGUCGAAAUGCUGA